GCGCACGUGGAGGCUCCGUCGUCUGUGCGGCGGGGCCCAAAGGGCGGCGCGCGUUCGGCCUCUCCUUUAUAAGAGGGGAGAAGGGGAAGGAGGCGGACGUGCUGCUCCUCUCUGCUUCGGCCGUUUGCCCCGAGGGCGAUGCCUAACCGCAAAGGCGCGCGCAACGCUUAUUAUUUCUUCGUGCUGGAGAAGCUCCCGGAGCUGAAGCGGCGGGGCCUGGCCGUGACGGGCGUGCGGGAUGCUAUCCCGUUCUGUUCCGACGACUGGGCGGUGAGCGGGGCGAGGCGAGGCGGGCCUCCUCUCUCUCGCCCUUCUUGGUCGGCGUGGGGAGCCGUGUUAGACCCUCCAUGGAGUUGGAUAACGUGUUUUUGAUUCUCAAGGAGGGAGGGGGACAAGUUGUCGAUAGUGGUUACGUAUCAGCUGUUUGGGGAAUUUAAACCCCCCAUACACACCCCAGCUGAAGAAUGAAUGCUGUAAAAUACUUUAAAAAACCAAAUGUGAGGUCAACGUUUUCAUUAAUUAGACCCUUUUUACCUCACUUUUCCUAUCAAAGACUCAUGGUGGCUUAGAAUGAGCAACUUAAAAAAAAAGUUUGAUGCUGCCUUCAGUGGAGCCUUUAACUGCUAUUGUAGUGAUGGAGAGUGACUGGCUACCCUACCACUUAGGUUUGGUUUCAGCCCUCUUUUUAAAAAAUGUCUGUUUGUAAAGAAAUGGUGGACUCUUGUAAGGUGCAUUCCCUAAAUGGGUCUUUUUUCCACUGCUAGUCAUAUGCACAAAGAGGCAUCUGCCAAGGUUUGAAAAAGUAGUCAUGCCAUGCUAUUCGCAAUAAUCCAACAGGUGAAAGAUUGGAGAAACUAGAAAGAUGACUAAAGUCAGUGCAUAGAAAUAUACAGACUGCAGGUUGCAGAUAUACAGGUUGCAGACUUCCCAAAUCCUUUGAAUUCUUGGUAUGUGAACAGGGUUUACACCCUUUAGGUACAACAGUCUUGCUUCAGGUUAUGCUACAAGCACCCUGGGAUAUAUCCAACUAAGUUGUACUCAGAUUAGACCGUUUGGAAUCAAUGGAUUGACAUUUCUUAACUGUUGUCCAAGUCUGCUCUGAGUACUGUAUGGCUAAUAUCAGAUACCACUCAUUUACUGGUGUGUGAACCACAUUGAAUUCUGUAGGCUAGGGCUUUCCUCUAGACAAGCUUGCAAAGUUCUGAGUGGUGGGAAAGUUGCUGAGCACAAUCAACCCAAAGUUAAUCACUUUUUAAAGUUAGGCUGACUUCUAUGAGAGUUAAGAUUGUUCUUAACUUUCCCAGUGGAAUUACUGAGGCUUAAAAGCCUUAACUGACUGCAUCGUGUUCAGUAUCUUGGUGUUGUAGUGAUGGGGGGAAUUGCUUUAAUUAUGGUAGAGAAAUAAUGGCAAGCCCUUAUGUUACACUGGUUUUACUUCAAGAUGCUGACUGAGGAACAAAAAGAAAAGUAUGCAGAAAUGGCUCGUCAACGGAAAGCUAAGAAAUCAGAAGUAGCAACAAAAGAGGUGAAUGAAUGAAUCUGGAAUAGGGAAAAUCAGUUUUAUCUUUUCAGAGGCAAGUUAGUAAUUAUAUAAUUAUAGUAUAAAUUGGAAGAAAAUCCCAUUAUAGUCUGUGGGAACAAAAGAAAAGUAACUUUGAUGUGUUUGAAAGAAGGUUCUGAGUGAGCUGGUCAGUCACAGGUGUUGUAUAGUUGUGAUUAUAAUGAGCCCUUCCAAACAAGCCAGGUAGGUUUUUAUGUUGCAGCUGUUCCUGAAAUAGGAGGGUUGAAUCCUUUGACAAAGUUCACAUCCACACUAUAUAUUUGAGACACGUGAGUUCCACCAAGGAAUCCUGAAAAUUGUAGCUCUGUGAGGAGUAAAGUACAGUUCCCAGGAUUCUUUGGUGGAAAUAAAUGUGUGGUGUGGAUGUGACCUAAUAAGCAAACGUAACAAUAGAAUGCAGGGCUCAACGUUUAUAAUUCAAAAACGUGAGCCUUAAAACUGGUGAUUGUGUUGUAUGUUACUUUUUCUUCCUUCUUGUAAAAAUAGAUGGGAAGUCUGAAUUGUAAACUUUCUAGUCUUGAAAACUGUGAGUUAAUAUUUAAAUAAGAUAUAUCACAGUGUAACUGAGUUUAAACUAUAGAUAAUCCACAAGAAGGUUGUUUUUAGCAUAUGGUGGAGUCCAGUGAUGCCUAUUUGUUUGCACAACUGAAAUCUGCUUGUGAAAUAGGACUUCCACUUGUUCUUCUUCCCAGUCCCCACAGAACCUGCUCUGGAAAGGUCCAAAAUCCAGAGCAGAUUUGCACUACACUAACUCCCACCCAUAGGUUACAAUGGAAGGUCUAUAGGUGAGGUCAGUUCUUUUUAUCUAAAAAAAAAAAUGUUUAGGGAUACUCUCAUUUUCACUCAAGAAAAUGACCAUUUUAUAGUUCAAAUUGAGGAAAAUAAAUACAGUCAUACCUUGGGUUAAAGACGCUUCCAGUUAAUCUUUUCAGAUUGCGUCCUGCGGCGACCCGGAAGUAACAGAACGGGUUACUUCCGGGUUUCACCACAUGAACAGACGCUCAGAAUGACAUCACACGCAAUCGCGGCACGCACAGACGCAGGUUGCAUUCUGCUCAUGAUGCGAACAGGGCUCCAGAACGGAUCCCGUUCACAUCCAGAGGUACCACUGUACAGUAAAUGGACAGAAGUACAAAGAUUCACAGAAUAUUUAGAGGUCUGCGUCCCCCCCAGCAAAAAAAGUCCUGGGUGAGGUUUCAUUCCAUCCUACUUGAGAAUAUAUAAGGUUGCUGCUAGGAUUGUGUCAAGGUGCCAUUUUUGUGAGGGGCAAACUUCAUUAGUAUUCCAUUGUGGUAAUUUGGACCCCUGCCGCUGGUGUGGCUGCACAUCACCUAUGUGAAAGUGGGAGUUCAUACAGAUGUCACCUCGGUGUAAGCCCAGUACAGUGAUACCUCAGGUUAAGUACUUAAUUCGUUCUGGAGGUCCGUUCUUAACCUGAAACUGUUCUUAACCUGCAGCACCACUUUAGCUAAUGGGGCCUCCUGCUGCUGCCACGCCACCAGAGCCCGAUUUCUGUUCUUAUCCUGAAGCAAAGUUCUUAACCUGGAGCACUUUUUCUGGGUUACCGGAGUCUGUAACCUGAAGCGUAUGUAACCCGAGGUACCACUGUAAUAAGGUGACUUCAUGGCAGGGGGGUGUAUGUUAUGUGAUUGGCUCAUAGUUUGCAGGUUCUACAGGGCCAGGAGAGGAAAAGAUUAGUCUUAGCAGUUUUAAUUGGAUACUACUGUAGUUGCUUUCCCUUCAUUCAUAUAUGAUUAACUGAUGGAUUGUCUACACUUUUCAUAGCCGCCCAGCCAAGUCCCACCACCUCUUCCCACAUUUCCUUCCUCACAAACUGAGAAGAGAGUUUCUGCUGCAAACCUCAUUGGUCCACCUGGGAAGAGUGAUAAAGGUAAAUGAUAGUUAUAUUAGUUCACCUGAUCUGCCCAACCGCAAUGUGUUCAUUGUGACUGGAGACUGUGCUAGCAGGUCUGCUUUUUGUUGCUUCCAGGAAAGUGAGUGGUAAUUGUGGGGGCAAGAUAUAAGUUGACUACUUAUCUCAAGAACCGCCUGUUUCCAUGUGAACCUACUUGGAUCCUGAGAUCAUCUUCUAAGGUCCUUCUUUGUCUGUCCUCUCCAUAAGUCCGGAAGGUGGCAACACAAGUGCAAGCCUUUUCUGCAGUGGCUCCCUGUUUAUGGAAUGCUCUCACCAGGGUUGUUCAGCUGGCACCUUUAUACACCUUUAGGCGUCAGGCAAAAAUGUUCCUCUUCAACCAUGCCAUUGGCUAAUCAAUAUCCGAUACCCUUUUAAAUGUGGUGGGGGUUUGGGGGGGAUUAUUGGUUUGUCAUUGUUCUUAUUUUUAUUAUGUAUUUUGUGUUUUUUAUAUUGUAAUUUUAUGUUGUGAACUGCUCAGAUCUAUGAAUAAAGGGUGGUAUACAGAUUCAGUUUUUACUUUUGUAAUUAAUAUUAUAAUCAGGAGUGUGGAAGUGGGGGAAUUGGUCACCAGCUCAGGGGAGGCAAGAAUGAAUUAUAAUUAUUAUCCUUAUUAUUUAUAUGCCACCCAUGUGACUGGGUUACCUCAGCCAUUCUGGGUGGCUUCCAACAAAUUAUAAAACCACAGGAAAACAUACAUUAAAAACUUCCCUAUACAGGGCGGCCUUCAGAUGUCUUCUAGUUGUCAGGUAUUUGUUUAUUUCCUUGACAUCUGAUGGGAGGGUGUUCCAUAGGGCGGGUGCCACUACUGAGAAGGCCAUCUGCCUGGUUCCCUGUAACCUCACUUCUCACAGUGAGGGAACCGCCAGAAGGUCCUCAGCACUGGACCUCAGUGUCCAGGCUGAACGAUGGGGGCGGAAACAUACCUUCAGGUAUACAGGACCAAAGCCUGAGUGCAGGACAGAGUUCAAAUAAGGAGGAGGUGAAAGUACUGAACCUGGUGGAAUAGAGGCAGUGGGUGGUAGAGCAUUGAGAGUGGGGACUCCAAAUAAGAAACUAAAGCUGCUACAGGAUUUGAUGUUGAAAUAAGAAGUUAUUGAAGCCCAAUGUAAUCCUUAAGAGUUGUUGUCUACAUGCCUUGAUCAAAAAGUUCAUUGGAACAUUCAGGAGCAGCAUUUUGUGUCCAUGACAUUUUGGUCCUUCUGAUGCUUAUGGUACAAGCAAUUUGCUUUGGUCUGAUGGUUAUGGUGACCCAUGAAGUAUCUAGUGGAGCUCUUAACAUGGGCAGGUAGUUCUAGUUCUCCCAGAUAUUCCAACUGCUUAUGCAUUGUUUUUUAGUGACACUCAACUGCAGCAUAUUUGUGACAAGGCUCAUCAUUUUACAAGUAAUGUUGCAGUUACUGGCACAUGGCGCUGCUUUUAAAUCAUCCGUUCUUCCCUCUCCAAAUGUAUAAAACAUCCAAAAUCUCCUGGUGACUUCUCUGGUAAUGCCUGAAUGGCUGUCUGCAAGGCACUUUUUUGGUAGUGAUUUGUAAGCCACUUUGGAGGAUUUCUUUGACUGCAGAGCAGGCUAAAACAUCAUUCAGUAACUAAGGGAGUAGCUGAAAGUUUGCUAAGCAGGUUUAGAAGGAUUCACUGCCUGUGACUAGCCACCAGUUGAUAUGUAAAGAUGGUAUGAUUUUGGGUUUUUUGUACUUUUGCAAACUUAGGCUUUCCUCAGCCUGUGAUACUUCCCCUAGUGCAUUGGUGGUAUAAUGUGGGAUGCGUAGGGAUCCAUACAGAAGAAAUUUAACAGAAUGAGUUUUCUAGUGUUACAUAGGAUUCACUGAAACAUUUAAAGCAAUAGAUCUAAGAUGACACUUUCCAAUUCUCUUGGUGUCAGCAGUGGCUUUGUGAGUUCUGAGGUUGCAUCUCAACAUCCCAGACAAGUUUCUGUGAUGUUUUUAGGCUCAACUCAGGGAAAAUGUAGUCUCUGAUCUACCAGAAAACUAUCUUUUGAGAUGGCCUCCAUUGUUACUCAACUGCCAAAAAACAUGCGUAAUUAAACAGAUAAUGUCUACUACUUUGUGGGGAGUGGACCACUAUUGACCACUUUUUCAGUGUAGACACUGUCUUAUCUGAGGUUUCUUAACCACUUUUGUAUUAUAAAGAAUGAUAUUAGCCUUGGUUUUAUGAUCUGAGAUUGCUGCAUCGUUAUAAGCAGACUGUUUUGGCUGUAGCAGGUUGGGGAUGGAACACCACAUGACAAUUCAAAACUUGGCUACAUUACCUCUUUAAAUCCCGUUUCCCCUCUCAAGGACACUAGUUUGCUACAAGUUGCUGGGAAUUAUAACUCUGUGAGAGAUAAACUACAGUGCCCAGAAUUCUUUGAGAGGGGAAAUGUGCUUCAGAGUUAUAAUGUGCAUGCAGUCCGGUUGAGGGCUGCUUGGAAAUUGGAGUUGCAGGUAAGUGACUUAGUUUCAUGAUUUUUUUUCAGUGCUACAGGUAUACAUUUUACUCCAACUAUUUUACUUUUUUGUUAUAGUAAUAAUAAAAAACAAAUACUCUCCACUAAUAUUCUUAAUACAAAAUCUUGUUUCAGUUGUACUUGAAACCACAUUCUUCUACCUGAAUAUCUUCAGCCAUGGAGUUCUACCCUCUCAUUGCAAACAACGUUUCCUUCCUUGCGAAAUUGGAUGUGUGAAGUAUUCACUAAAAGAUGGCAUAAUUGCAGAGUUUCAUCAUUUUUUAGAUCCUGGUGAGCUUUUGGAAUCAGAAGAGAUGAAAUUUGUCUUUCAUCUGUGCGGGGGUGGGGGUAGGGAGAAGAUAUGCAGGAUUCUGUUUGUCCAGGACAGUUAAUUUGUAUGCAUUCUUGCACUAUGAAAAAAUAAAAAUGGCUUCAUAUAGUGGACAAAACCACAUUGACAGCAUUACUUAAUGAAGAAAUGAAACUUAACUGGAAACAUUCCUUGUGUCAGCAGAAGACAUGAAUUGUCCAAAUCAAUAUGUUCGUAUGUUGUGCAUUUUUAAUCUCUGUGUUACGAAAGAUACAUUAUAAAGAAAUAAAAUUGUACUUCUAGACAAGUAUUUGGACACUGAUUUACUAUUCUGUAGGAAAGCAGAAAAUGGUGUAUUAUAACCAUGAAAUCCUACAGACAGCUUGGUAUUGCAUAAUAAAGCCUGAGUUCUUUUUGGUUUUUUGCAGGAGAGGUGCCAAGGGGAUUUCGCUUUCAUUGCCAGACAGCAAGUAGGUAUUGGGCAAGAGAUGUGGAACCUUUGGAUUGGCAGCAUUUUUUUAUGACCCGCAUAUAGACUUCCAAUUAUUUUUUAAUUAUUUUAAAGAACAGUUCUUAUGCCAGAUAUCCUAUGGCAUUUUAUUUGUAUCUUGUUUAUUAUUAUUUAUACAAAAUAUUUUUAUAUCACACUCAUAAAAUAUCAGAGCAAUUUACAACAGUAUAAAAACACAAACUAUUAAAAGAAGGACAAAGCAAUCUUUAAAAGGACUGGCUACUCAAUAAAAAAUUUAAAGAUUGUAUGGGCCUGUUUCCGUAACAAAGCUUAGUAUGUCUUCCCAAGUAACAUGUUGAAGUUAUGCUCUUAACCAGACUCAUAUUCAUGCAUUCAUUUAGGUUUCAGUCAUUCACUUGUGUUUCCAAAUAAUAAGGGUUAGACAUUGCAUACACCACCUUGCCCAAAUCUUUGGGGAUGGAAGAUGAAAUUAAAGUAUCUGGACUGCAGUGUUAGUGGUGUUUGCUGUCUGGUUUGCCCUAAUCUCUGGUUCAGUAAUAUUUUACACAGAGUAGUUCAAUUCUUGAAUAUUAGGCAGUAUAUUAGCUGCCUUGGGACUGCUGGUGAAUGGCAGGCAUGUAAAUAAAUAGGAUCCUUGGGUAAUCAUUUACCUUUCUAGACAGCUAGUGAAGUUCAACCAUUGACAGGCCUUGACUGACCUGCACUUGGUUCAACCAGACAUCUUGGGUCUAACAAUCUUCCUUUACAUUGGUGAUAAACCCUAUCUCACAGGGUUGUUGCAAUGAUAAAAUGCUUGGGAAAAAACCAGACAAGUUCUUGAAUGAUAUAUUUAGGUGUUUUUAGUGAAACUGAUAUAUUAAUCCUGCGAACUGUAACUAAAGUUAAAAGUACAAAUGCGUGUGAAAUAAGGUGUUUCUUCUGAAAAGCCCUGACAAGGCACUUUGAUUUUCUCUUAGGUGAUGCUACACAUAGGAUUCCCCUAUCUGGCUUUGAGCUUGUAACUGCAAAUCAUUCUGUUGUGUUACGUGAGCUAUACUCAUUUAUUCAGCCACGGUGGGGCGCCUGGCCACCUGUGUAUUGUAAGGUAUAAUGUAACAUUUUUAGACUUUAAUGGCUCUCUGCUUUUCAGAAGAGGUCAGAACAAAAAUCUCUACCCACAUGCUUCAGUUAGCCUUUUCCCUGGUUAGCUGUGGUGUGUGUGUGUAUAAAAAUAUAGGUGACCUCACCUCAAGUAAGGUUGGAGUACACAGAUGUUUUAACUUUUAAGCUGUCCAUUGACAAUCUCUAUAGCAUAAGGGCUUCACAUAAAGAUUUCCAGUUUUGAGGCCUUUCCUUAAGGAUAUUUCGUUGGUACAAAGUGGUGUCUACAUUCAACCUAAAAGAGCGUAUAGUUGUAUUCCUGAAUUGUUAUUCUCCAAGGCAGACCAAAUACCUAUGGAGAGUUCUUUUGGCUUUGGUCAGAUUAUGUAUCAAACAGCUGUAGACAGGAAAAAUUUCUGUUUCGGUGUUGGAGCAGAUACCCUUAUCAAUAAUAAGUUUUCUCACAUAUCAGGAAACCUUAGCCAUAGAGGUCUUAUAAUAAGAAUACGUAGUCUAGAUUUAUUAAUUCUGUUUAUUUGAUUGUAUAAUGUAUACUUAAAACUUCUUUUGCAGUCUUCGGACCAAUUUAGGGUCAACUGGUGCCUGCAGCAUAUGGCUAGAGAAGUGGGUAAGAAAAUUUUCCUUUAUAACAGGAAAUAAGUUAAUAUUCAGAUACAGUCUCUGCUGCUCCUAAAACUUACUUUUUUAUAAUAGGCACAGUUAAUAAUCUGGAGAGUCUCUGUGUGGAAGAUCUUGUUGUGGAGCUGUAUUAUCAGAAGCUUCAAAAGGAGCCUUCUAAGGCAUGGGUGUGUAACUCCCUGGAUGCCUCCAUGUGGGAUUACUCCAGCAAUACUAGGUAUAAUAUAUAGCUCUAAAAAUCAUAAUAACUGCUGUACCUACCUGAACCACAGUGACUUGACUACUAUGAGAUGAGAGUCUGUUAUGACCAGGAAAAAAUGUGAUUGACAGAUUCUCCAUAGUUCUACAUUACACAAAACUAUGGCUUAGUGUCUGGGGCAACCCAGUCAGAUGGGUGGGGUACAAAUAAAUUAUGGUGCUAUAAGCGUGCAUGUUGAAUGCUAAUCUAAAGCCUUGCACUCAUUUCAGAAAAGAGUUUGAGACAUUAAACUAAGGUUUAGACUCAUUGAAAUUGACGAAUAUGCUUGUGUUUGGUUCAUUAAUUUCAAUAGGACUGCUCUUGAGUAAAAUUUGGUUGAAAACACCCAUAGAGCUAUUUUGUAGUUUUUAAAAAAUAUUUAGUAGUUUUUAAAGUCUAAACAGCCAGAUUUUUCUACAAUGAAGGUGGGUAUCAUUGAAUAAGGUAUUUGCUUCUAUAGGCCAAGCAGGAUUAUGCGAGUUUCAACUGGCACCCUGUGUGGGAUAGUGCCUCUACACAUUCUAGUCCUACCUAGCUUUGAGCAGCCGGCCUCAGAGUUCUACCAAAUGUUUCACUUUGCCUAUUUCAAUUCUCUCUUGCCAUGUAAGAAAAAGCUAUUGAACAUUCUUCACUACUCUCUUCCACAAACCCCCUGGAUUGUCCUCUUAAAGCACUUUAUACUGUGAUAGAGGGUUGGGAAAAUUAAUGUUUCUGUCUUGAAGAAGUUUCUAAUGCCAAACAGUGGAGUAGAUGAAAAAAAAGGUAAGUUGUUUGUCUAGAACUUGAAAAUGUCUUACUGUUGAAGCAUAUACAGUGGUACCUCGGGUUACAUACGCUUCAGGUUACAGACUCCGCUAACCCAGAAAUAGUACCUCGGGUUAAGAACUUUGCUUCAGGAUGAGAACAGAAAUUGUGCUCCGGCAGCGCAGCAGGAGGCCCCAUUAGCUAAAGUGGUGCUUCAGGUUAAGAACAAUUUCAGGUUAACUACGGACCUCCGGAAUGAAUUAAGUACUUAACCCGAGGUACCACUGUAUUUGAAACUCGACAUUCAUGAUGAAAGUAUUAUUUCUACUUAGGUGCAAGUGGCAUGAAGAAAACGAUGUAGUGUUCUGUGCUCUUGCUACUUGCAAGAAAAUUGCGUGAGUAUGAAAAUACAGUGAAUAUCUUAGAAUGUUUUUGCAUCUUAAAACGAUUUUGGACAUUAGUUUCAUAUCCAAUGUCUGGGGUCAUCUUGUCUCUCUUUCAAGUAUAACCUGUUGGUUCUUUUGGCUAUUCUUUAGUAAGCAUUUUGUCGGCUGCAUUUGAAUGAAGGAGCAACUGAUGUGAUUUUGUGGCACUUCUGCUAUUAUAGGAAGAAAGGAAUUUUAAAGAUCCAAAUAAAAUAAAAUCUAUUUCUUUCUGAUUAAGUUUUCCAAGUGUCACUUACUAGACAGGUCAGUUGGGAAAAACUUCAGGUUUGCAUUGCCACCAAAAAGGUCUCUGAAUUUUGGGUAUCUUUCAUGAGGAAGAAUUUUUUUACCUUGCAUUUGCAAACUUUGUUGUGGUUUAUUUAUUUUGGAGGAGGAUGUGCCACACAUAUGCAGAGACCAGUUUUAACACACACACACACACACACACACACACACACACACACCUGAUUCAUCCAAACUGGUUGCCCGAGGCCUUAACUAGAAGGGGCUUGAGAAGCAGCAACUUGUCUCUCAGACAACUCAAAAGAUCUUCCCCUUUCUGCUGUCUCUGAUAGGCUGAUACCUGCAGUUUAAUAACCUGGGCCUGCAAGUAGUUCUUUGGGAGGUUAUAGUCUCUGCUCAUGGCAGAGGGGUUCUUCAGGUCCCAGUUUCUGUAGGCUCCUGCUGCUAUUCUCUUGGAAGAAGUUGCUAAAAGGAACGGCUUUUUAUUGCCUCCUGGCUGAUUUUCCUUCUUUAGCUCACCCAAAUUGGUUGCACCCCCACAGUUCAACCACUGCCUCCUAUCACAAAUUAUGUUCCUGUAUCCAUGGUCUUGGUGCAGUAUAUUGCCAGUAGUAUGUAGUUUUAAAAUUUCUGUUCAGCUUGUGGAAAUGAUAGCACAUCUUCAUGUUGGUGUUUUCCUGUCCAAUAUAGAUACUGUAUCAGCAAUUCUUUAGCCAAUAUGUAUUGUGUCCAGCUGACUGCAUCUCACUUACCCUUGUGUGAGAAGGACUCCCAAAACGCAGCAAAUCCUAAAAUGGUGGUUCUGGAUGCUGGACGUUUCCAGGUCAGCCUUGUUCAUUUAACAGAUUUGUUCUUCUAUAUCUUAUCAGUAACAUUUCUGGAGUGUACUUGGAAAUGUAGGGUGAAAUCAUGAUAUAUGCUCAAAAAUAAUCAUAUAAUUAUUAUUUUACAAACACUUUUAUUUGACCAAUAUUUUAAUUUUUUUUAAUAUUGUUUAAUUAUGUGCAGAAUAUUAAUACAUCCAUCAAUAGGCACAUUAGGCAGAUAUUCCUUAUGCGCUAUAUCCAUCUUUUCUUUGUAUACAAGGGUGUCCUGAAAACCUGGUGAAUGAGUCAGUGAAAGACUAUCUCUGAAUGUGUGGGUGAUCUUGUCUUUUUUGCAUUACAGAAAAUGAGGGCUGCUGAGCGCACUGGAAAUGAAAGGUACUUCCAAUCUCUUAAUGAGGAACGAGGUGCUGCCUCUUGUACUGGUGAGUGAUUAUCUAUGUUGGAAAAUUAAACAUAAUGAAAAUGAGUUGCUGUUAGAAUCAUUACUAGUGUUUCACACCUGUAUUUCUGUCAAAGAAAAUGUGCCUGUAUACUGAUAAGUCCCAACACAUUCUUUGCUGAUUCUUUUCUGGAGUUUUGAGUGUUCCUGCUCACUGUAGUCUACCACUAAAAUAUCUGCAUAAAGGAAAUGUAAUGAAGCUUGUAUGUUUAAACAGUCACAGAAUUUCUCUGCAGUGAUACUGGCUAAAAUUUUAAGAAGGCAUUCUCCUUGAGUGAGUUGCUCCUCCACUCAAGUUAUAACUUACUUUUAUCAUUUAUAUACUGUCCUUUGUAGACCUCAUGUGAGCCAGUGUGGUGUAGUGGUUAAGAGCGGUGGUCUCGUAAUCUGGGGAACCGGGUUCGCGUCUCCGCUCCUCCACAUGCAGCUGCUGGGUGACCUUGGGCCAGUCACACUUCUUUGAAGUCUCUCGGCCCUACUCACCUCACAGAGUGUUUGUUGUGGGGGAGGAAGGGAAAGGAGAAUGUUAGCCGCUUUGAGACUCCUUAAAAGGGAGUGAAAGGCGGGAUAUCAAAUCCAAACUCCUCCUCCUUCUUCUUCUUCUUCAUGGCAGGUUCUGCAUUGAUUUUAUUUAGUUGAAUAUUAAAAUCAGUUAAACCAUCAAGUUAUUUACCUUCCUUGAUAACAAGCAUAUUAUGCAUAAAGGGCCUGACAAAAGUUGGCAUCUAAAACUGUAGGUUUGGCACCAAAUGAAUUUCCAAGGGAAGUGAAUUUCAAAACUGGGGUGUUAAAACUGAGAAGUCUUGCUGUCAAGAUACUAGGAGAUCUCAAGUUACAGAAUUGAGGAGGAAGAUUGUCUUUUGGGUAACUUUGUCCUAGGCCUUAAAAUGCUUAGUCUGUGAAGACUAAGACCUUGAAUUUGACUCAGUAGCUAAUGCCAAUGUUUAAAGACUGGUGUUACAUGGUCCCAAGACCUUGUUGAUCACCACAGCAGUUGCAGCUUCAAAACUUUCUUCCUUCAAACUCAUCAGUAGAGAAGCAAGGCUCUUUCUACCCCCAUAUUCACCCACCCCCAAUUUUACCUGUUUAAUUCUAUAGUCUGUGCCAUCUGGAUACUUGUUGAAUGCCAUAGUGUACAUUAAGUGCUCGACUUGUGGCAGCAAACUUCCUCCAUUACGACCAACCACCAUGUCAUCCUGUGGUCACAACUGCUGUCUUUUCUUCCUAAAGCAAGGAGCAUAAAGUAGACAACUGUUCCCAUUGCCAGAGGCAUGUGAGAUGAGCAUUCCAAAACAGGUCCACAAGUGCCAGCUAAGCAGUUGCACUCAAUAUCAGCACCCAUUUCUGUUACAGAUCUCUCUGCGGUGCUGCACCUUCAAGACAUGGUUGCUUGUACUAGGGCAAUCUCCUUUAGCCACAUGAAAACACCCACCUUGGUAUCAAUCUUGGCUUUAGUACCGAAGAUGGAGAUUACUAGAUGUGGAUCACUGUGCCAAGGCUAUUUUGAUAAAAUAAAAUGCGGCUCUUGCUAUUUUAUCACUUCUCCAUGAUUAUAAAGGCCUCAGUUGAAAGCAAGAAACUGUAGGCUUUGCACGGAAGGUAGAGCAAAACCUUGUGAUUCCACUUCCCUUACCAGUUUUAUAGAAGCUACUUAAACUGUUGUGACUCUCCUGUGAACUUAUUUUUUGAAAUUUAUGAUAUAAAAUAUCUAGCUGUUGGUGUUGAGUGUAAAUUAGGAUUUAAUUAUCAUGGCUUCUGUGUUAUAUAUUGACACAUGCAUUGUUUGCUUAGGUCAGCAUCCUUCAGGAGUGAAAACAACAGGUGAAACAACUACUAGGCGUGGAAGAGGAAUUGCCCGAUUUCUGGAGAGUGUCUCAAAGCAGUCCAGCAGUUAGACAUUUGCAGUACAGUGCCUCCCAUUCAGAACAGCUCUGCAUAUAAUGAUUCCCACCAUCUUUGGGAAUAUAAAUACUUUAUAUUUCCUUGGUCUGUCAUGUGUUAAAUAUUAUCUUUGUUUAAUGAAAAAAGCCAUUCUAAUCCCAUUGCAAGGGGUAAAAUUUAAGUUUUUAAGAUAACAAAUGUUAUUGUGAGUUGUGAAAUAUUAUUUUUUUAUGUAGGAAUUAUUAGGAGAAACUUGAAAUAAUGAAGUCAGUAGGAUAAGAGAUUAGAUAAUGAAACCAGAAAGGCAACUUUGUGAAAUGAUGUCUGGAUUUUUAAGUUCUGUUGUGCCUUUUCUUUAGAGCAAAGCCUACUGGUACCUUACUGAAGUAAACCUUUGCUAAGGAACCAGUUGCAAUUAUGUUUUUUUAAUUCUAGGAUUUGUUAUUCUAGGAUUUGGUAUGGUACCAAUUAUAUAUUGUUUUUGUCAGAGGGGCAAGGUUUUGGUAUAAAGCCCUUAAAUUAGCCAACAAUAGAAGCAACAUACAUUUUUUGGUAAAACUUGCAAUCAGGUAAUAUCUCCCUCACAAAAGAAAAAAACCUAUGAAGUUCUAUAAAGGUACUACAAUGAUGUACUUUAAAAGUUGUUUUAAAACCAUCUUUUUCCUUUCUUUUGUGUUAUACAUACAUUCAGUCAUUUAGUACAGAAAGCUUCUAAAUCUUAACCAUGAUAGACCAGCUUGUGUGUUUAAUUAAACACUUCUUUCCAAUUU